UCAGUCCUUCUGAACAAUCAUCCUGGGUCUACUGAAAAUUCUUAUCUUAUUAAAUGUUCUUAGAAGUUUGUUUAGGGUAAUGGGACAAUUUUCCGAGGCGUGACUUUUUGCUGAAACGCUUUUACAAAAGUUCUCGUUGUUUAUUAAACAAAUCAUGACAAAACAAGUUUAUUUGAUACUGACUUUAUUUUGGUUUCUUGAAGUUAAGGCUGAAUUUGAACAAAGUCCAGCAAAUAAGGAGAAACCUUACGCUUCCAUUUUGUAUACCGCUGUUUUGGGUGGAAAAGUAGCUCUUCCAUGUGACAUCUCCUCACCCUCGGUUGAUGACUCCGCUGCUCUCAUUCUCUGGUACAAGGAUGACUCAGCUCAGCCCAUUUAUACCCUGGACGCCAGGCGUGGUAAUGUGGAUCAAGCCCACCAGUCAUCUGGUUCCCAGCUGGAGAAUCGUGCUUAUUUUAACAUGAUCAACAGGCCAGCGUUUCUCCAGCUGGAUCCAGUAAAGGAAGAAGACGCAGGAGAAUACAGGUGUCGUGUAGACUUCCACAAGGCCCGGACUGUUAACACAGUUAUUACUUUGAAAAUCAUAGUUCCUCCUGGAGAACCAAUCAUUCUAGAUGAACAGGGACAAAAGCUUGAAGGGCUUGUUGGACCUUAUAAUGAAGGAGACUCUCUCGUGAUAAUCUGCCAGGUUAGCGGUGGAAAACCUCGACCAUCUGUGACCUGGUGGCGAGAUUAUGCUCUUUUGGAUGAUAGCUAUACGUUUGAACUUGGAGACGUAGUUCAAAAUCGGUUGAAACUUGACAGACUUCACCGACAUGACUUACUGGCAGUACUGACUUGCCAGGCGUCUAACAACAACAUCACAGUACCUGCAUCAAAUGCUAUUACUAUUGACCUUAAUCUGAAACCAGUAAAAGUGGUCAUCACACCGUUCCAGAAACCUUUAGUUGCUGACAAGGAAACGGAACUGACGUGUGAAGCUAAAGGAUCGCGACCUGCCGGAAAAAUCACGUGGUGGAAAGCAAGUAAACAAAUGCAGAACACUCGAGAGAGUGCACUCCAUAACGGCGCUAUCAGCAGUAUUCUUACCUUCACGCCAUCUGUAGACGAUAAUGGAAAAUAUCUCUCUUGUCGUGCCGAAAAUAUGUUGAUUCCAGGAAGUGCUGUUGAAGAUGGGUGGAAACUGGAUGUGCAAUACCCACCUCAAGUUACUCUUCAGCUUGGCACCAACCUGAAAGUAACGAACAUUCAAGAAGGAAACGAUGUUUACUUUGAAUGUAAUGUUCGGGCAAACCCUUGGAUCUACGAAAUAAGCUGGCAGUUUGAAGGCCAGGAUCUCUCAACCAAUACAUUAGCAGGUAUCAUCAUUAGUAACCAAUCGCUGGUGCUACAGAAAGUGCAGCGGAGCUUCAGAGGGCGCUUUACUUGUUCAGGCAGUAAUAACCAAGGGCUUGGCAUUAGUAAUGAGAUAUUUCUGAAGAUUAAGUAUGCUCCAUUUUGUAAGCCCGGACAAAAGAUCACGUACGGAGUAGCCAAACACGAACCCAUUGAUGUUUCGUGUGAAUUGGAUUCUGAUCCUGAUGAUGUCACGUUUCACUGGCGUUUCAACAGUUCGUAUAAACGGUCUGACAAAAUCAUGUAUUCUGUUGACCGGACACUCAGUAGAGCAACAUAUAGUCCCGAAUCGGAUGAGGAUUAUGGAAAACUUCUCUGUUGGGGGACAAACAACAUAGGGAUUCAAAGAGAACCUUGUGUCUUUAAUAUAGUUCCUGCAGGCCAUCCUGAUCCUCUUUACAACUGCACUUUGCUGAAUCAAACAGAAGAGUUAAUCUCUGUGCAUUGCCUUGAAGGCUAUGAUGGUGGCAUUAUGCAGCGCUUUGUACUGGAGGUUUAUGCUGUAAACAGCAACGCUCUCUUAGCCAACAUCUCAUCAAAAACAUCACUGUUUCUAGUAGAUGAACUUCCAUCUGGAACUGCUCUGCGCCUUCAUCUCUACGCCACAAAUGCACAAGGCAGGAGUUAUCCUGUGAUUAUGUCAGCUUCUACGUUGCGUCUCGCAGAAAAAUUAACUCGAAAAGGAAGUGGUCAGGCAAUGAUUAUAAUUCGCCCAUUUCUAGCAAUUCUGAUCGCUAUUGUGGUCGUUCUGGUCAUCGUCACAUUAGUGUUGGUUAUAUUUAUCCGUUCUAAGAGAAAACGAAGAACGAAAGAACAAGGAAGAAGCAGUUCUGGAGCAGAAAAACCUGGGGCCCCUCUGAAGAAAGACAUGGAUGACAUUACUGAGCUUGAUGACAAAGGACCAGAUAUAAUACCUGCUAAAAGUCCUUCCCGUUUACCAUAUACAGGCAGCUUGGAUGAAAAGGAUCAAAGAUGCUUACAGCUGAAUAACGUCGUGAAAACAAAUUACAACUUACAUUCUCCAGGUAGAGACUGUGCAGUCGCUAUGGGAUCACAUUACGGUAGUUCCAUAUGUUCAGCCAGUUGCCUUGAAGAUCUUUCAAGUCACAGGAUGGUCUCAGUUACAGCACAACCUGAAGACAUAACGUACGCUGACCUGUCCCUUCCUAGUAGUGGUCAUUGCUUUACUAAUGUAAGACGGCACGACCCGCCUACUGAAUAUGCUAAAAUAGAUUUCAAGAGAAAAGACUACGAAAAUCAAAAAGAAAGUGAAACAUCAGUGGGGAAGAAUGGUCGAGAAAGUACAGUUUAAUCGUAAACGUGACAUUUUGGGAAAAUUCCGUAUCCGCCCAAUCACGUCCCGCGUCGAAUAGACGCAAAGGUAACUGUUUACGUAGAUGGAAGUCGGGCCUUUCAUCAUGUUCAAAAGAGGACAAACUACAUUAGGACAAGUGAGAAGGAAAGGGUUUAGUUUUUCAAGGUAAAAAUCGAGUAACGAUGACCAUUUUGGAAGAUCAAUGAAGAGAACAAAUCUUUUAAAUCUUAUAUGUAAGAGAAUACUGCUUGUUAUUUCUUGUGCUGAAUAUUAUCGCCUUAUCUGAUGUGUAUUCUAAUUUCAAGAUGUUCGUCAAUGCACUUUCGGUAUCUGAUUAUCCACACCACAAUGUAUUUAGGAAAUUUACUUCGAGGAAUUAAUAAAGAGUGUUUAUAAUAUA